AACACCUAACUGCAUUCUUUACUUUACCUACCAUAUUUAUUUUUUCUUCGGACACACUCACCUCUUAACGUAUUCUACAUCCUUGGCUUUUUCCUAGUUUGCACUUUCUUCUACUCUUCUCUCGUGCAUCUCCCUUGCCUGAUUUAUUCCUUUUGACUCUCCAUUAUUCUCUCCUUUAUCGAACCUGAGGUCACCAAGGACCCAUUAACUGACCACCUACUAGUUCCCUCCCCUAAUUAACAUCUUUUCUCGAUCGCUCUCCUCCGUGCUUUUUCUCUCAGCCUUCGCAAUCAUCCUUCCUGUCCUGUCACAAUGUACUCCUCCAAAGAGCUCUCGAACUCCACUGAGCAGGUCUGGAUCAAUGGCUCAGAGGCGAACUUCUCUCUGCAGAGACACGGCGAUGAGGACGAGGAAGAGGAAGGAGAUCAGCACCCUUUCCUCACAGAUGCCUGGCUGGUCCCCCUCUUCUUCUCCCUCAUCAUGCUGGUCGGGCUGGUGGGCAACUCUCUUGUUAUUUAUGUCAUUUCAAAACACAGACAGAUGAGGACGGCAACCAACUUCUACAUAGCGAACCUGGCUGCGACUGACAUCAUCUUCCUGGUGUGCUGCGUCCCCUUCACUGCCACCCUCUAUCCUCUCCCUGGAUGGAUCUUUGGCAACUUCAUGUGCAAAUUUGUUGCCUUUCUACAGCAGGUGACCGUCCAAGCCACCUGUAUAACACUGACAGCCAUGAGCGGGGAUCGAUGUUACGUCACAAUCUACCCUCUGAAAUCUCUCCGCCACCGCACCCCAAAAGUAGCCAUGAUUGUCAGCAUCUGCAUAUGGAUCGGCUCCUUCAUUCUGUCAACCCCAAUUUUAAUGUACCAGCGUAUAGAGGAGGGUUACUGGUACGGCCCCAGGCAGUACUGCAUGGAGAGGUUCCCCUCAAAGAUGCACGAGAGGGCUUUCAUCCUCUACCAGUUCAUUGCUGCCUACCUGCUGCCUGUCCUCACCAUUUCCUUCUGCUACACGCUGAUGGUGAAGCGGGUGGGACAGCCCACUGUGGAGCCUGUAGACAACAACUAUCAGGUCAACCUCCUGUCUGAGAGAACUAUCAGUAUCAGGAGCAAAAUCUCCAAGAUGGUGGUAGUAAUCGUCCUCCUCUUUGCCAUUUGCUGGGGUCCCAUCCAGAUCUUCAUCCUCUUCCAGUCUUUCUACCCCAACUACCGGCCCAACUACGCCACAUACAAGAUCAAGACGUGGGCUAACUGCAUGUCCUACGCCAACUCUUCUGUCAACCCAAUUGUUUACGGUUUCAUGGGAGCCACCUUCCAAAAGUCCUUCAGGAAAACCUUCCCGUUUCUGUUCAAGCACAAGGUCAGGGAUAGCAGCAUGGCUUCCAGGACUGCCAACGCUGAGAUCAAGUUUGUUGCUGCAGAGGAAGGCAACAAUAAUAAUGCAACAAAUUGAAUCAAGUUAAAACAAGCAAGAGGGGAAUACAUGUCUCUAUCAAGAGCCAUUACCGCAAGAAGAAAAUUAAAUUAAGCAUUCAGAGAGGAACUGGAUAAUGGCAAAAGGAGAGACUCUGUUUGGCAGACAUGUUUUAGUUUUGUUUACAACUCAUCAACAAAAUGAUGUGGGGAAACACAGACUCAUAAUAAAUGUGGACAGUAACAGUGUUUGGCACAAUGUUAGCUGUUGACUGCCAAGGCCAGGCAUUGCAAUUGGAACAUGAUAUCUUCCAUUGAGCUGCCAAACAUCAUAGCCAAACAACACAGGACAGCCAUACACUUCAGAUGACGAAAGAGGAACCUUUUGCCAAAGCGCUGAUGAAAUGAGUCCUAAUCCCUGUAAGGCCAUGGCUGCAGCUUUGGUAUAAACUAUUCAGCAUUUGGACAGUUGAAGAUAUGAUGUAUUCUAUUAUGAAAAUAUUGUAUUUUGGAAAUAACAUAAGGCAUUUGUAUUGGAAUAUCAAUACACUCCAACAGAUGCAAAUGGACAAUGUUAUGUGUUUUUGUCACUGGAGACUAAGUGGAUACCUCUUUGGUUUCUGCCAUUGUGGGAAAAUAUUUCUAAAAGGUACAGUGUGACAUGUUGAAGAAGGUUUGUGAACACUCUCAUUUCUGAAUCUUAAAUAUGAAGUUAGAGCCAGACGAGAUUAUCUUAUCUUAUCAUAAAGACUGUAAGCAAGAGGAGACAGAUAGCCUGGCCCUGUCCAAAGUUUUCAAAAAUCCGACCCGGAGCUGUAAAGCUCAGACAGUAAAUAAUACUGGAUUUAUUAACUCAGGCUGUUGUUAAUAAAAUAGUUGCAGCUCAAAACUCCCCAUAAAUUAACAAAAACUCAGGUGGUGGAUAACCUUUGUUAUGUCUUUUAUCUUCUUGGAUUAUGGUAAUUGAUCUACUGUCUGUUAUAAAGGCAUACACACGAAAUAAUUAAAAACAACAAUACUUAAGAUUUCUAUUCACAACAUAAACAGUGUAAAUGGCUUACUUUUUAAUUUUACAUAAAGCCAACAUAGCUAAUCCUCCACAUUUCCAGUCUUUAUGCUAAGGUAUUUAGAUUAUAUUGAAAAAAAUGUAAAUAUUAGGGAUGGCAAGUUGUAAUUAAGACUUUUUAAUAUCUCACUUGUCACUUAAUAAUACUAACAUUCCAUUGUUGAAUGUAAUUCAAGGCAAUUUUAACUGAUGUGCUCUCUUCUUUUCAUUGUCUUAAACGCAACAUGAAUGCUCUUAAACACACAUUUAAAAAUUGGUCUGUCUAUUAAUGUUUCUAUACUUGUUAUCCGUAGUUUUCAUAUGGAAUAAUGUGUACCAAUACCUCCUUUUUGUCUGCCUCGAGUAGAGAAGAUUAUGAAGGACAUGGUGUUUCAAGCAUCUGAAAAGUGAGACAGAUGUUAUAUUUUUUUAAAUGUCUAUAUAGUAACUGUAAGCUCAGGAUAACAAAGGGUUAACAUUUAUUUUUGGUGGAAUAUAACAAAGCAAAGCCAUGUCUGUGAUGAGUGGGAGCUGGCUGAAGCAGGGGUUACGACCAGUGAAGCAUAGACAGUGUUUACCUUUCCUUUGUGUCCCGCACACAAACAUUCACACUUUCCUCAAAACAUGUUGUGGAAACCUGCAUAUACACAGGCAUGCACAUGCACUACUAAACUACAACGUGGAGCCACUUCUUUGAGAAACAACCUUGUUCGAUCUUGUUAGGUGAACUAAAUUCUACCGGGUUGAGGCGACCAGAAUGACAUGUUUUGAAAGAGUAUUUUGAAGGAAACCUUGUAUAAAGGAGAGGAAAAUACAGCCUGUCAUUAAUAAUACAUCUACACAAACCCUGCCAGCUCAUCACUCCUUGAUGCAGUCCUCUUUUAUCUAUCCCACACAGUGACAUUCAAAAGCAGCUUCACAAAAAACCUGCCAAUGCAAUUCUCAUUUACAUUUUGAAUACUGUUGAAUGUGUUGUCAUCAGGGACCCAUUUUCAAAUGACAUAACAGUUUCUUGAAUGUUUUUAAAUGCCACAAUCAGCCAUAAACACAAAACGAGUGAGUGUGAGAAUGUGUUUAGGUACAUUUUUCGAAAGGAAGUAGACAAACUCUUAUCUAAUCAAAUUUAAAUGAUUUUACAUUUGCUAAAAAACUGAAUUGAAUUAAAAUGCGUUGGUCUACUUUAGCAGUUAGUUAUAUGAUCCAUUUAAAAUCACAUCCUUAAUAACAAAUACAAAUCUGCACAUUUAGCAUUGAAGUAAUGGCAUGGUAUGAAGGUUAUGGAGUGCAUCGCAAAGCCAUUUAUUUUGUAUCUCAGUACCUCUGUAAAUUAUGACUGAACAUGCUAAAUGUAAUGCAAAAGCUUUUUAAUAUAUGCUAAUUGUGCUGCAUUUCUUCCAUAGUGAGUAAUGUGCAUUCAUUAGGACUGAGGUCAUCAAUUAUAUGUAUGUUUUUUGCUUUUCAUUAUGAAUUGUCUUGUAUCUAUUCUGACAUUGUGAUUUUUCUACAUGUCUGUUAUAGUUGUGUGGAAAAAAUAUUCACCUGCCUCAACCUUGAACAAAAGUAACAUUAAAGUAAACAUUAAAUGUUUUGGCAAAUGACUUGAAAGGAA